AUGGACAAUCUCCACAAAGGACGGAAAAUCGGGAAAACAACGGGUGACGAGUACAUACUCAGACUGAUAUCGGAGACCACUGAUACCAACGCAGAGGCACAUCCUCAGUCGGCUCCUUACGAUCAAGCGUCUCUUCGAACCGGGACCGGAAAAGCGCAACGAGGACUGACACUCGACACACGCAUUACGACAAGGAUGGCAGCCACCACCAGAGUAUUGAGGAUUGCUCCAGGGAGCGCCUUCUCAGAGAGAUAG